AUGGAGAAGCUUUCAAGUCUUGAAGAUUUGCUUCGAAUUCCAGGCCAUAAUAGCAGUGUGAUUCUGGAUAUUUCAGUUCUAUCAUGUGGAUGUCUAACCUCAGAAUCACUUUUCAAUGAAUCCAAUGGUCCCAAAAUUUGCCCCACCUGUCAAAAACAGAAUGUUUCCAUUUUGGCACCAGUGAAACCUUUACGUGAUCUUUACGGUAUAAUUUCAAAUCAGCAGUCGCAAACAUCUCUAGAAAGACGGCGUCCAUCCUCCUCCAAGAAAAGUGUAAAGGCUAUACUGGAUGAGAAUUAUAAACCUAAAGCACGAGAUGAAACAACUGGGAAUACCGAACCAAUGAGUUUGUUAAGUUUAUUCUAUAAGUUUGCCAAAGAAGAGCAAUUCGAGAGAACAGAUCUGAAAGAAGUCCCUCAUUCCUAUCAACAACAACAACAACAACAACAGCAGCAGCAGCAGGUGAAGGACAACCAACAAAUUCAAAACACGUUACAAAAACAGCAGCUGAAUCGUUCCAGCAUAACAAAGACACAACCAAUAGAUAUAUCAAACAAGAAGGCAAAUGUUGAUUUGAGUAGGUCCUAUCCAUCAUCAGUUCUGAUGAAUUCUACUUCAAUUUCCCCACAAAAUCAGAGAGCAUUUGUUGAAUCCACCAUCUCGGGUAUUGCAAGAACUAAUACAGAAACCGAUUUCAAUAACUCUACGGAUAACAAUAUCAUUCCUUCCAGUUUUGAAAAGAAUCUUCUUGAGAGUUUAAGUGAAAACAAGGAGUUUAAUUUUGCAAAGUGUUUCCCAUUCCAUCGUAAGUUAUCUACGUUUCCAACACAACAACUAAAAUUGAAUUUAUCUUCAAUAGUUCCCUUUAAACUGUCUAAUUAUUCUAUCAAGAGAGCCAGCAGCACUUCAAUUCAUUCAUAUCUAGAUUACAACUCCAGCAUGGAAAUUACUCGUUUUGUUCUCAUUAGCAAUAAAAGAUGGGAAGUUUAUGAAUAUAUAGUGCCGAUGGGUCAUACUGGUAGCUCACUGAUUAAACCUCAAUUAAUAUGCUGUGGUAAACUGACUGGAGAAUACGGCGAGAAUCUAAAUAACCUAUCUAUGCCUGAUGCCGAUAGUGAUGGGCCCAAAGAGAUUAUAGUAAGAAAUGAUUUUGGUGCAAAGGAUAAUAAUAGUAACACUAAUGAUUCAGAUAUUAAAAAACGAUUGAACUCAUGGGACCAAAUGUAUUGUAAAUUGACGAGAAACUACUUGGUUAUAUCUGGAACAAAGGGAAUUAUGCGUAUAUUUAAUUUGAAUAAAGCGUCGCCGUAUAAAUUUGGUCAACCAAUGUACACUUUCAUUACCAAUUUCCCCAUAAGAUGCAUUGCUAUUUCACCAAACGGUUCUUUAGUUGCAUGUGGUAUUACUGCAAAGGAAAGGAUAUUGGGGAAAGAACAACCGUUUGUCAUACUUCAUAGAUUGGUGAUGCUGGAGUAUGGAUCCCUUGAAUCUGCCGAUCCAUUGACAAUAACUAUUCCUUAUAGAGACCCAAUAAAAAUCAUGAAUUUUAAUGAAUCAUCUACUCAUUUGAUUAUUGCAACUUCUUGGGAAACAAGGUAUUUGAUUAUCAGGUUGACCAGUAACCGCCAAAAUGACAAUUAUCAAAAGCCGCGUUUGGUCUGGUCGGAGAUUGUGUACAAAUCGAAUCGACGUUUCAAAUCUGAUUUUGAUGACGAGAACCUGGCGGGUGCCAUUUAUGAAGAAAGAGCAGAGGCUGAGAAUGACUUGAUGCUAUCUAAAGAAGGUAUAACUGAUGUCAAAUUUGGCACAAUGAACUCAAACUUGGUUAUUAUCACAUCUUGCUCGUUAAGAAGCAGGCCACCUUUAAUAAUAAAAUUGGAAGGAGGUCAAAUUGAUUCAACGAAAAAUGUGGUCAAUAAUAACGAUAUGAAAAGUGUGAGUAGUGCCGAUGAAAGUGAAAAAUACUCAAGUGUAGAGUCAGCUGAGACAUUUAUGAGAAUCAACGAAAUUGGAUCACUCAUACAUAGAAUUGCAGUGUCUCCUCGUGGUGAUGGUGUUGUUUUCCUUGAUAAGGAUGGGAAACUAUUUUUAGUUGCCAGUGCCAACUUUUACCCAGGAAGAAGAAUAAGCUCAACUGAUUCGAAAAAUAAGAAAAUUGUUGUUCAAUUAGGAGAUGUUGCUAAUGCUGAGAGGUUUAGUGAAUCGGCGUCGGUGGUUUUCAGCGCUGAUGGAGGUAAAGUGUUUGCCUUGGACAGAAAAGGGGUGUUUUCUGUAUUUGAUUUUACAAAAGGUAUUCCUGGUGAAGAUCCAGAUGUGAUUAAAUGUAAGAUCAUCAGUUUGUAA